AUGCUGAGCGUGCAAGUCAAGCUAUUGUUGCUGGUCCAGCUGUGUCUGGCCGCCUUUGUCGCCUCUCGCCCCGUCUCCUCCGAGCCUUCGCUUCUGAAGCGCGCGUCGGACAAGGUGGGGUAUCUGUUCAUCCACUUCUACGACGACUACAAGGAGCCAGGAGUCUACACCACCUACCCCGCAGGCGAGCAGGUGUUUGGUCAUCUGUCCAACGGCAACGAUGCGCUGUCGUACAAGGCGCUCAAAGGCGGUGCGCCGCUGCUCACCUCGACCGUCGGCACCAAGGGCGUGCGCGACAUGUAUCUGGUGAGCAAGGGUGACGAAUCGCAGCACUACAUCAUUGCUACCGACCUCAACCAGACUGCCGUGGGUGGCUUCAGCAGCCCAUUCCUCAGCCGCAGCCUUGUCAUUUGGGAAUCCGAGGGCGCGAGUCUGACAAAGUGGAAGCCUUCCAGGCUGGUUGAGGUGGUGCCCGACACCUUCCGCAUGGCUUGGGCACCCGAAGCGAUUUGGCUGGACGACGAACAGCGUUUCCUGGUGUACUGGUCGUCGAACAAGUAUGCGGACGCUUCGCACUCGGGUACGCCCGACUACGACAAGAUCUACUCGUCCUACACCACCGACUUCGUCACCUUUACCGAUCCCGAGGUGUUUAUGGAUCUGGGCAACAAUGUGGGUGUGAUCGACCUCACCAUCGGUCGAGGACCUACGUCGGGCACCAACCAGUGA